AUGGCGAGCUCUCUGUUCCAGCGGUCCGCUUCUGGAGCUUUGGGAUCUUCGGCUUCAACAUCCAAGGCUAACGACGAGCCUAUCUUCCUCGAUCCGACCGACGACGCCACUUUUCAGUCUCUGAAGAAGCUUCUGUCUGCUCCAUCCACCAGCACUCAGCAUCUCAGCCUGCUAUCAGAGAGCACGCUCUACGGAAGUAUCACCUACUACUUGAGCAAGUUGGAGCUCGAGCACAUUGCCGAAUUUGCUGGCGUCAUUAGCUCUAGCGGCUGUCUCUGGACUCCGCCGCCCCCGAUUGCAAAGCCACCGACAACUGCGACUGGCAAGACGUCCGACAAAGUCACCUGGUCCACAGAGCCCGGCUCUUCCUCCGUCAGCUCUACCGUCGACACGACCAAACCAGCAUCGGAGAAUGCACCUGCCUCCGCACCAAACUCGCUAAGCUCCUUCUUGAUCGGGCGAUCCACCAGUAUCGCUCAAGCCGUCGCUGCCGCGCUCACAAAGCGAGUGGAUCUCAUUGUUCGAUCCAAGAGAAAUUCGACAGGAUGGGCGUCUCGCUCAGCACUAUCACAAUACCUUGGAGCUAUCAUUCAGGGCCUGGACGACACGGAGCAUGAUGCCAUACCAGAGUCCUAUCGAGCAGCAAGGGGUUUACCUAUAUCACGCUUCGCCGUGAUCGGUGGCUUGCUCAACGCUUUAUACAUCCUAAAAGAUCAGCGCAAGCGCACUCGCGACAUGUCCAUCCUUGAAGAGAUGGCCGCCGUCCGCGCCAACCCCUCGCUCGGUCUUAGCGUACGUCGCCACCUCAGUUCCAUUGAGGAUGAAUGGAUCGUUACGCUUGCAGAGAUUCUAGACCAGCUUCACGGGCCUGGCAUAUCUUAUGCCAGCGCCUCUUCCGCCAACACGGAACCGACAUCGUCUGCAAGCGCCGACAAUGACAACGCGCAGGACGUGGAUGAAUGGGAGGCGGAAUUCCGCAAGCGCACAGCAUCGGUGGCUGGACCAGCAAGUAUCACGUCUAUCGCGUCUCAACGAGCUAUUCGAGCCGAACUGCGGGAACUCCGCGAUGUCCCCCUCUACAUGGCAGCGCAGUUAGCGCCUUUGGUGCCUGAUCGCAAGAUCCACGCUCUCGACCCUCUUCAGCUCACUUCAGCCACCAGCGAUGUCAUUCUAUCGCUCUUCGAGGGACCUGAUCAUUCUUCUUACCUCUUCUCGCUCGCUCAAGACAUUAGACAGGAUGCAGGCAAAAUACACCUCAACGUGGACAGCCCAACAGUCCGAGUGAUCCGAGGCGUCACAGACUCGACCCUCUUCCCACUACUCGGUCCGCUCUCCAAACUCAUGUCGCGUGCACUGGCAAAGGCGGUAACUUCGCUCACACCCGACCAGCUUUCAGCUCUGCUGCUAGGCACGUCAGAUGCAGCUCUCGUCCCGCAGACCGGCGAAGCCGAGUUCUUCCCCUUGCUUGUACGCAUGUCUCGCAUCUCUUCACAUCUUGAAGCUUCUUGGCUUUCGAGCCCUCUGGCCGGGGCGGACGAAGAGCAGAUCGCUGAGUCCAGCAGACAGCUCACCAAGGAGCUCUGGAAUGUCUUCAAGGCAUUGCUGUUCAGCUACACAAUGGUAUUCGACUCGAUGAUGGACUCUGUUGUAGACAUGUGCCCGAGCCCUACCUUGACCAUUCCGCCUCCGGCAACCACAGAAACAGACGAACAGACGAACCCUGCUCUACAACAGGGCGAUCGUAGGUGGCCUCUCGCAUCGACAUCCAAUCUUCCAACACCUUACCUCACGGUCGUGCAGAUGGUGCUGGCCACCUACUCGCACCUUUACUGGAUCACAAGCACGUUCGGCUCAGACGGCUUCGACGUGUACCGCAAAGUAUUCUACUUGGCGCUCGACGUAGUGAGCAGGGACUGCGAAGCAUGCAUCCAGCUCCUGAAGCUCAUCGCACCUGUCUCCAUAGAUGCUGUUGAAAGCUCCAUCAGCACUGAUGGUCUCGAGAUGAACGCUGCAAAGCGCAGCUCCACCACCUACUUCCUCGACGUGGCUGAACAACUCGUCGGGGUGCUCCCUGAUGAAGUCGUGGAGCAGCUUGUUCUGCCCAUCUGCCGUCCAUACUUGGAGAACACGCGCUUCAGCGACACUUUUGAGUCGGCACACUCGGUUGUUCUUGCCCUUUACUCAAAUCACAAACGAUGCAUCCUCAACUUGGCGCCCUUCUACGUGGAGCUCUUGAUUGCCAGCUACCCCAAGCGACUCACCGCGGUUCAAUUCGAAUAUGCCAUGUCUACGGUGGUCUCUGCGAUCAGCGAUCGAAGCGACUCAGUAUCGUGGUGGGUCAUUGCCCGGCUGGCCGAGGAGAUUGACAGAGAGAGGCUUUCUACCGCUGCGCCCACGUCUACUAAAGGUAAAACGAAGUCGACAGAUGGACCUAUUCAGGCGGGAGGCUUUGCCGAGUCGAGUGGUGCCACCAAGCAAGAUGUUGCGUCUGCCGUUGCGAGCAGCGACUCGGCCCAUCCAUCAGUUCCUGACACAGGGUCCACCGAAUAUACCGCCAGCACAAGGACCCAGCAAGACGCCAACAUAGGCUCAGCUGAUACGUACGACCGGCUGACCCACUUGCAGAUGUGUCUCAUCGGAUGCAUCCCCAGUGUCAACCUCGUCCUGCUACGUUCCGCCCUGCACAAGGUCGAGUCAUUCAUCACGCAGCACAGACACCGCGAGAAGACCGGUCAAUCGGGCACGGAGCCUGCCAGCAUGGCCGAGGAGGGAGGAGGUAGCAGUAGACUGGCUCUGUGUCAGAAGACAUUUGAAGCAAUUCAAGCUCUGAACGCGGCCACUAGAGAAGAAGGUCUGCGUUGGUGGCUUGACAAUCGGGCUCGAUUCGGCGUGUGA